UAAAAAUGUACAUUUUACAGCGAACCCAUUCAAAUUUGUAUUUGUAAUAUGGAAUUUUAGUUUCAUCACUUUCAAUUGGAUCAGCUUUAUUUGCUUAUUCUCAUGUUAACUGUCUUGUGAGUGGCUUUUGUGAAGAGUGCUAUUUAAAUUAAAUUUACUGACUUACUUUCAUUAAACUCAUCCUAGACAUGAAGUCAUUAAAAAAAAAAAAAAUGAAAUCCACCUCCCGGUAGUGUAAGUCAUUUAUUUCAAAGUCGGUGUAAGUGACCGUACCGAAGUUGAGCGAAGACGACAUAUUUCCACAUAAAAAGCAAUAAAAACAAUACACGGUGAAUGGAAAUAGCCGCGCCCGCCAAGUCUGAACCGCUCGCUAUAUAACGUGAGAUUACUGUAUUAUUUAUUGCAGAUGAUGUGUGACCACAAAGUGAAGUCACGUCGCACGUCAACGCCGGAAUCCUUUUUGCUACUUGGGCCGUUCAGCACCAGACGCUUCCCGCUCGCUUGGAACGUGAACCUCGAGUAUUUUUUUUUUUUUUUAAAUGUGGCGAAGGGAGUUAAUCCUUCAUGUCAAUAAUUCCGAAUGAAGUGUGAGGGCAAGGCCGACUGCAAGCAGGAAAAAUGUCCGCCCGUGUCUGAAGAUUGCGCCCUGGUGGUCAAACAGAGCGGCGCGUGCUGCGAGAGGUGUAAAGGCUGCAUGUUGGACGGGCGAGUCUACAACAGCUCAGCUUCCUGGACCAGCGUCGCCAAGCCCUGCGUGACACGGCGCUGUCAGGAAGGCGUCAUCACCGAAGCGCAGGUGCAGUGCGUGGUCCACUGCACGAACCCCAAGAUCCAUCCCAAAAAGUGCUGCCCAACAUGCCCCGGUUGCAUUUUCGAGGGUCGUCUGUACAAAGAGAAGGAAGAGUUCAGUCCUGAAGGCAAACCGUGCAUCAAGUGUACUUGCACGGGGGGACGGACUCUCUGCAUGAAGGAGGCCUGCCCCGUCCUUUCUUGCCCUGCCCACCUCAGCCACACCCCCGCAGGGCAGUGCUGUCCGAAAUGUCUCGGUCAGAGGAAGGUGUUUGACUUGUCUCAGGGGAGUUGUCUGUUCCACAGCGAGGUCUUCGAGAACGGAACGUCCUUCGUUCACGACAACUGCACCGAGUGCACCUGCAAGGACUCCACCGUGGUGUGCAGGAGGCGCUGCUCGCAAGCCGGCAGUUGCCAUGGCGACGGCUGCUGCGACCCCUGCUUGUCCUACGUGAAGGUGGACGACGUCAAGUACUGCAGAGUACGCAACAAGAUCUACAGGGAGGGCGACAUGUGGUCGUCGGUGAACUGCUCGCUGUGCGCCUGCGUGAAAGGCAGCGUCGAGUGCCGGCCAAAACAGUGUGUACCAAUCACCAGCUGCCCCUCAAACAAGAUCCUCAACCGGACCGGUUGCUGUCCAGUCUGCACUGAAAAGCCAGGCGUGUGCACUGUGUUUGGCGAUCCGCACUACAAUACCUUCGACGGAAGAACUUUUAACUUUCAGGGAACGUGUCAAUACGUGCUGACUCGGGACUGCGGCGGCGGUAUCGGGAGCAACGCCGUGGCCGGCAAUAGCGAGUCGAGCUUUACGGUGCUGGUGAAGAACGACGCCCGGCGCACCCGCUCCUUCUCCUGGACCCAGUCGGUGGAGGUGCGCCUGGGGGGGCUGGUCCUGGGCCUCCACCAGCACCUGACGGUGCGCAGGAACGGCACCCGCAUCGCGCUCCCCUACCACGGGCCCGGGGUGCACAUCGACCUGGACGGGUACCUCCUCAAGCUCACCGCCAUCGCCGGUGUGGAGAUCACGUGGGACGGCGACAGCUUCGUGGAGGUGGUGGCCGCCCCGCACCUGCGCGGGCGCCUCUGCGGCCUGUGCGGCAACUACAACGGGCACAAGCGGGACGACACCAUGGGCGGUGACGGCCACUUCAAGUUCGACGUGGACGACUUCGCCGAGUCGUGGCGGGCAUUGGACGGCAACGAGCUGUGCCCGCAGCCGGCGCCCCACCGCCGCCCCGCCUCCUUCCUGUGUCCCGGCAGCGUCAAGGUCAAGUUCCGCGCCCACCGCGAGUGCCAGAAGAUCAAGUUGUGGGAGUUCCAGAAGUGUCACCGCGUCGUCGACUUUGCCGCCUUCUACAGGUCUUGUGUGACAGACAUGUGCGAGUGUCCCGUGCACAAGAACUGCUACUGCGAGUCGUUCAUCGCCUACAGUCGAGCGUGCGAGCGAGAGGGCGCCCCCGUCCUCUGGAGGCCCGAUGCGGCCUGCGUGGCUACGCAGUGCAAGCACGGCGCCGUGUACGACACCUGCGGGCCGGGCUGCACCAAAACCUGCGACAACUGGAACGAGAUCAGGCCGUGCCACAAGCCCUGCGUGGCCGGCUGCCACUGCCCCGCCAACCUGGUUCUCUUCCAGGGGCGAUGCAUCCGACCCCUGGCCUGCCCCGGACGGUGACACAGGCGCCGGUCUGGGGGUCCGGAGUGAGGGAAAACGCAUCUUGGACUUGUUGAGAUGCGGCACAAGUACUCAGGGUCCAAGUAAUCCCCUUUGGAGAAACAAACAAACAAAAAAACACUCAGGAGAGGAAAAAGUGGGAGAUCGUUCUUGUUCCGGAACCCCACGGGACUUUUGGACUCUUGCGGACCGUGUCUGAACCGGACGAGGACCUUUUAUACAAGAAGCUAAAUAGAUUUAUAACGAGCUGUUCUACAAAUGUCGUGUGUUGAUACUGUUAAUUUAUAUAACAAAGGUGGUAGCGCGGAUGACGAGGGCGCAGCUAAAAAAUGAUUUACAGUGAAACCCUGUUUUAUCGAUGGGGGGUGGGGUGGGGGGGGUCCGUUCCAUGCCCGAUUAGUGAAAACCCACAAGACCCGUGUCCAUGGCUCGCAAAAUUCACAUUCAAAAAAAUCAAACAAGGCGUGAUGCUGACACGCUUAUUACUUUAUAUUACAGGUGCAACGAUGCAACGACUGAUCAAUUGAUUUUGAUAAUCGAUUAAUCUUUUAGAGGUAUUAACAUGAGAUUGUCCAAAUUUCAGCCUCCCAGCAGUAAAUAUUCACAAAUUUCUGAAUUCCUCUCUGAAAGCGCAGUGAUUAUCUUUGAUGUUUAGUCACAAUAAGACAAUUGCAACAUCUGCUGUCCGUUUGGAAAACAAUGAUCAACAUUUUUGUCCUUUUUCUGACAUCAAACCAAACCAGUAUAUAACAAACUUAUGUAUUAUAAAUCGUAACUAUUUAUUUUUGUGCAUUUUCUGCAGUCCUGUUUUGUUUAAUAAAGAGAUGGAAAUUACA